CGAGUGUCUCUGCAACUGAGAUUUUCUCUGCUGCAUGACAUUGGACCAACCAGAGUCAAAAAUGCGAUGCAAUCACUGCAUGAGAACGGGACGAGGCACGAGACGAGCGUCCUGUCAAGUCGGAACGAAACCACGAUUUCCUCUCCAUCACAAGACUUUCUUGUUUGCAUCAUCUGCCAGCAUCGCGAAGACCAUCGGCCGUCAUUUUCUCAGUGUUGCACCAAUACUCUUGGCAUCUAAUCUUUCCAGCCUCGGGUUCGUAUGUAAGAACCCAGCAAGGGCCAGCACGACUCCAUACCAGUUGGCCAUCCUCGACUUACACUAGCGACUGAGAAAUUCUCACUCAAGAGAGAGCACUUGAGACACAUUCAAGUCGAGACCAAAGUCGGCUCAGCCGUGUUAUACAAGCCUCCUCUAUUAUCUGAGAUAUCAGCCGGGACUCGGCAGAGACGACCGGAGGCCCAGACAAGGCCUCGAUAUGAUUCUCAGGUUCCAAUCGGGCGGGUUUCCAGGACGGAAACUGAUCUUGACGUUGGUGUUUCAUCCAAUCACGACAGGAGUCUGUGUGUUGAUCACAUCCGAUUCGGGACAUCCCAGGUCGAGGCCCGCCAAAUUGCUUUUUUCAUCCUAUCUCGCAACCUCUCCGGCCCCUGUCCAUGAUAUCUUGUCCCUGGUGGCGUUUCCCUCCAUCUAACCUCCGAGUCUCCCUCGAUUCACCUCGAGCUAGCAUUAUGAAGACCAAUGGGCAUCCAGAGUCGAUACGGGAAGCCACGCGGUAAAUUGGAAACACUUGCAGCUGUCCUUGUGAAAGCCACUUAGCAAUGCCCACCAACCAAGACGGAAGCAAGAAGUAUCAUUUCCUGCUUUUGCAGCAUGUUGAGAGGGGGUUAGAAUGACGGAGUCGAGUGAAUCAGAGUAUAUGAGCAGCCCCCCCUCCGCACUCAAACCCUCUAACUCUGUAACCAGCGCUCUAUCAGCAGGUCACUACAGCACCUUUCCACCCCUUGUCUUGCCCCUUCCCAGUUGACGUUAUUGUCCACAACUGACUCACUCCUUUGAAGCUCACAUUGACCUUGUUGAUCUGCCCCAAGGUCGAAGGUGUCAAGGCCUACCCAACUUGUUGAAGACGCUCAUUCUUUCUCCUCCCUGUCUACUUCACCAUUUGUGCCAGGCUCACACGCCUUGGUUGGUACAUUCGUUCAACAUGGCAAUCCUAAACCUGUUACCCUUGAACUAUCGGCGGCCAGCCUUGGUCGAAAGACCAGCAACAAGCGCCAGUCAAGUUUCGACACAGCAGUCUGAAGGUGGGUCUGUCUAUCAAGGUGACACAUCCUUGAAGUCGAUCAGGUCGGGCAGCUCAGGAGGUAUCCCGCCGCCUCUCAGCUUUGAUCGUAUCAUCGAAGGGGGCACCUGCCCUCCUUGUACCGUUCGUGACUUCAUGAACUAUCUCAUCUACGUCGAGCGCUCUGCCGAAAACCUCCAAUUUUUCCUAUGGUACCGCGACUUUGAGAAGCGCUUCAACGAAGCUCAAACAGCGGAUCUCACCCUCGCACCAGAAUGGACCCUGGCGAUGGAGGAAGAAGCCAUUGCCCGUAUCAAGAAGGAGCAGGCCGAGAAGGCCCGCGUCAAGCCCUCCAAGUCUGUCAGCCCAGCCGUGGCUGAAAUCUUCAAGGGCACCGACUUUGAGAAGCCCAUCCGGAAGCCCUCCGUGGCCACCACCAUUGCCACGACCCCCAUAAGCCCCCUGGCAGCAAGCAACGGUGGGGAUCCGUUUGGUACCCCCCCUCGCACCCCCUCAGACCGUGGUCAUCACUACCCUAAUUCAACCACAGCAACAACCUACAACACUGCCGCCAACGAAGCCUUUGCGCUGGCUGGGCUCAAGGCCCCAUUCACGGUUCAGCCGUUCAGGGUCGAGUUGGACAGGAUCAUCGCGACGUAUAUCAUGUCCGGCAGCCCAAGGCAACUCAACCUUUCUGACCGGGAGCAAAAGGCUGUGCUGCAAGCUCUUUGUUUCACUACUCAUCCCUCUGCGCUGAGGGUGGUGGUUAGGAGCGUAGAGUCUACUCUUCGUCAGCAAGCCCACCCCAACUUCAUCCGCUGGUCGAUUUGCAAUGGUAACCCUGUCAGAGUAACAUUCGCCCGCUGCCUUGGAGUAGGCACUAUCGCUCUGAGCACCAUCGCCGCCAUCAUCCUCACUUUGUCAUCUGCCCCUAGAGGCUUCAGGGCGCUGCCAGCAAUAGGGUGGGUGAUUGGCGUUGCAACACUCGUAGCAGCAUACAAGGGAAUGUGCGUGGUCUUGCAUGGCCUCCAUCACAGACACGUGAGACCAUGGGAGCUGUUUGUUGUUGACGAGGAGGACCAUCAGCAGAACGAGAAGGAACAGGAUGUGAGGAGUGAAAAGAGUCUGGAGACUGGGAGCAACAGUUUUGAGAAUGAGCCGUGGGUGGUCAAGUAUGAGAAAAGGAAUUUGAUCAGGAAGAUUUUUGAUGGGGAGGUUUGGAUUCAGGAACCGGCGCUUAGACAGAUCCAGGACACCAUUUUUGUGCAGAGCUUGCUGUUUGCGUUUAUUUGCGCGGGGGGGUUGACGGCAAUUUUUGUGCCGCUUCCGGGUGGGAAUCUGUUUUGA